GUGUGUGGAGCUCAUCAUCGGAGAGCAGAUGAAUAAGUACUGCGCCCGGCUAAAGGACAUCAACAGUCUGGAGUUUGCCGAGAACAAAGCCAAGUGCAGGUUGACCCUCAUUCGGAGAUCAAUGAAACCUGUACUAAUUGCUGUUAGAUUUAUGACCAUAUCCCGCAGUACUGUCCCGCCAAACGCAGCCAAAAAGGGCAAGGGCCACGUACGGCGGUUCAGCUACCACACACCCUCGCCCCCGGUUAGCCCAUGCCUGCCGUCCGUGACGGGUGCAGUGAUGCAGGAGAGCGGCGGUGAGGAGGUGGGGGUGGGGCUGGAGCCUGAGGUAUCGGAGCAGCAGCAGUUGGCCAUGCAGCAGGAGGAGAGGGUGCUGACGGAGCAGAUCGAGAGCCUGCAGAAAGAGAAGGAGGAGCUAACCUUUGAGAUGCUGACUUUGGAGCAGCGAGCAUCAGACGAUGAGACCCUGGAGUCGGAGGCGUCCAUCGGCACGGCCGACAGCUCCGAGAACAUCAACGUGGACUCUGAAGGAGCCACCUACGACUUCUCCGGUCCCUCAGAGAGAGAACCCACGCUGGCCCCCGUUGCCCGAACCAAGAGGUCGGAGGGGAAGAGCCACCGACGCCGCAACCUACGCAGGCAACCUGACUCCCAGGACUCAGUGGACUCCUGUUCCACCAUCUCCUCCCUCUCCUCCUCCUCCCACUUCCACCCGUCUUCUUCCUCCUCUGCGGCCACAGCUCGCCACUUUCGCUACCGCUCCAAGUCCCCCUCUUCUGGCUCUGGCUCUGCCCAGGGCUUGUACCUGACCCAGCCUCCCCGCUGCGACAGCAUGGACUGUCCCCCCCCGGCCAAACAGGAGGGGGCGUUCGAAGAGAGGUCACAGUUCACCAGCCGAGGCACCUUCAAUCCGGAAAAGGGCAAACAGAAACUGAAAGGAUCCAAGAACUCACCCUUGAGGCACUCCCAUGACAGUGGGGGCCGCAGCAGGGAUCCACCUGACUUACCCCAGCAGCGGGUUUUGUACGGCAGCAAUGAGUUCAUGGUAUGAAGGACAGUGGGAACACCUCCUUUGUCACAGCCCACUCUCCCUAAGAGCAUGCGAUCUGACCUCCUUCCUCAAACACUCCAGCUCACCCUUUCUCAGUCCACGUCCGCAACGAUGCAGAACUGUCCCCCCAAGUGCCAUGUACACACAGUACUGUGUGUCCACUUCAAAGAGACAGGAGAGGGACAGGCUGGGAGUGGGAGAGGAGGAACCAGUAGAAGGGUUGAUCUCCUGUGGCCUUAACUGCCAACCACACUCCCCAUGGUCCCUCUGCAGGUCUGGGCCUCCCUCAGCCCAGGGGAGAGGGGACGUGUGGAGCAGGAAGGCAGAGAAAAGGAAAUGCUGGGACAUCCGGGAGAUCUCCCGAGCUGACGUCUCAAUGCAAACUAGGAGGUGGAACGAGGCUAGAAGAUGGAGAAAAAAAGAAGAAAGGCUACCGAGCCAUUGACAGUGCUGCCGUGUCCAUGAACUUGAGAUCUCAAUCAUUGGCUGCUUUAAAGUUUACAGUUAAAAACAAUCAAUGUAAGCAGUGUUUCCUCUAUUAUUACAAAUGUAUUUUUCCCUUAAGCCUAUUUAAUAAAUUUUUAAUUUCAUGGAAAGUAUAAAUCUAUAUUAUAAAGGUAUAAAUACUGUACAAAGCCGGAACACCAGUAACUGCUGGGUAGUUGAAGUCAAAUAUUUAUCUUUUUCUUGAGUAUCUUGGGCAGAGAUGUAUGGUAUUGGACAAAGGCUGUGUACGUGUGCGUGUUUGAGUGUCAAUUUGUGUGCGUGUGUGUAUGAGAAGACCACUUCAUGUGUUUAAGUUUGUGCUGCUUCAUUCCUCUCCUGAGGGAAAUACGGCCAUGAAAGGGACCAAGUUAGCUGGUGUGUAUUCCAGCCAAGGGGAUCCCAGCUCUGUAAAGAAUGUCAGAUGUGUAUAAAAUCACUGCAUUCACAGCUUAACAGCCAUACAACAAUUAGAAUGUACAGUACAAUAUGUAUUGGACAAAUGCCAUUAUCCUUGCUCUGGAUACAUGUUACCCCAAAAUCCUUGUCUUCCUGAGAUUUCAGUGUUGGACUCAAUAGCAACCAAACAUGCACUUUCUUGUCUUCUGUCAUUAUUCAUAACAUUUCUUGUUCUUUUUCUGGGUGUAUUAGUUUAACAUUUCUAUUGGGAUAGUUUUGUGGAGCUGUCAUGUUGAACAGUCAGCUGUUUUUCAGGCAACAGUCAAAAGUCCCCUUUCAGUUUGUUGAAAUAUAAAUUCCUUAUCAGCUAUCAGACUCAAAGAUAAAAAAUAAAAAGAUAUUCAAACACCU